AUGUACAUUAAAUUACAUGAUAUGAAGAGAAAGAUGUAAAAUUUAUCAUUUAUAAUAUAUAUAGAGGAGGAUUGCAAUAUUCAAUAUUAUCUCCACAAGAUGCUAUCAAUUUAGCAGAAGUCAAAAUCUUUAGAGAUAAGAAUUAUGAUAAAAUGACAGGGAAGAAUAUUGAACAUGGACCACUUGAUUUACGUAUGGGUUAAAGUUUGCGUGAUACUUAAUGCAAUAGUUGUACUUUAUUGAAUGAAUGUCCUGGACAUUUUGGGUAUAUACCAUUAUAAUUGCCAAUCUAUCAUUUGGGUUUUUUUACUCAUGUUGUAAAGUGUUUGAAAUGUUUAUGUUAUGUAUAAAAUUAUUUAGAAUUCUCUAGAAAUGUGGUCAAAUAAGAUUAACAUCCGAUGAAAUAAAUCAAUUAACCUAAAAAAUGAUUCAUUGUAUAUAAACACGAUCAUAUAAUGCAUAAUUAAAAGUAUUCAAGAAGGUUUUAAAAAAAUGUCGAUCUAAUAAAUAAUGUCCUCAUUGCUUUUGUGAAUAGAUUGGGGAAGCUAAGAAAUUAGCUAAAGGUGAUGCAGGUAAGAUUAUAUUAGAUACUAUGGAUAUUAAUGCAUUAUAUGCAUGGAAUCAAUUUAUAAACAUUCCAAAAUAACAUUAAUUCUUGUUUUGUAUUAAUCCUUUCUUAAAUGAUUUAUCUGAUCUACUCACUUCCAUAAUACCUGCUCCUCCAAAUAAUAUAAGACCUAGUAAAAUGUUAAGUAAUACUACAAAAGCAGAUGAGGAUGAUUUGACUAUGAAAUUGAAAACUAUACUCUAUCAUAAUGAUUUAUUACAGAAAUAAAUUAAAGAAGGAAAAGAUGGAAUGUCUAUUCUUAAGACAUAAUUUCUAACACAAGCACAUUAUUUUCAUUAUUUCAAUAGUGAAACACCUCGUUUACCACAAUUCUCAAGUAAAGAUGGAAAAGUAGAUAUACGUGGAAUUUAUCAAAGACUUAAAGGUAAAAGAGGAAGAUUGAGAGGUAAUCUAUCAGGUAAAAGAGCAGAAUUUACUGCACGUUCAGUCAUCUCUCCAGAUCCUAAUUUAGCUAUUGAUUAAGUUACUAUUCCAUAACAUAUUGCAUGUAUUUUGACUGUACCUGAAACUGUUACUGCUUUGAAUAUUCAAAAGAUGAGAUAAUAUGUAUUAAAUGGACCAUCUAUAUAUCCAGGAGCUAAAUUUGUUAAAUUAGGAGGAGUCAAUUAUAAUUUAUUAUUUGCAAGAAGAGCACAUUUAGCAUAUAAAUUAUAGAUUGGAGAUGUUGUUGAUAGACAUUUAUUAUCAGAAGAUAUUGUUAUUUUUAAUCGUUAACCAUCAUUGCAUAGAAUAUCUAUGAUGGCAUUCAGAGCUAGAGUUGAUAAAUGGCAUACUCUUAGAUUUAAUGAAUGUGUAUGUACUCCAUUUAAUGCUGAUUUUGAUGGAGAUGAAAUGAAUAUACAUUUACCAUAAACAUAUGAAGCAAGAUCAGAAGCAUUAAUUUUAAUGGAUGUUAAAAAGAAUCUCAAAACUAUUAAGAGUGGUGAAUCUCUUGUUUGUUUACUUUAAGAUUUUCUUACUACAGCUUGGUUGAUAACAAAUAAAGAUGUCUUUUAUUCAAGAGAAUAAUUUAUGUAAUUUUGUGCAGCCUUUUCUGAUUCAAAUGAAUAAAUAGAUUUACCAGCUCCAACUAUAUUAAAACCAAAAUAAUUAUGGACAGGUAAAUAAGUAAUUAAUUCAUUACUUGUACCUAAUAGAAAAACUAGAUUAGUAUUAAAUUUAGAAGUCAAAGAAAGUAAUGCAUUUAAAGGAAAAUUGGAUUAUUUAUGGAUGGAUCCUGGUGAUGGAUAUGUAAUAUUUGAUAAAUGUGAAUUGGUUUGUGGAAAUAUUGGUAAAAAAGUAUUAGGAGCUUCAAAAUUAGGAUUAUUCUAUGCACUUAUUAGAGAUAAUUCUACUUAAAUAGCAGCAUCAGUUAUGUAAAGAUUUGCUAAAUUGUCUUCCAGAUGGAUAUCACAUUAUGGAAUGACUAUAGGUAUUGGAGAUGUGAUGGCACCUAAAUCAUUAAUAGAAUAGAUAACUUAAAAUACUGAAUAGAGUUACUUACAAUGUAAACAUUAUUAAAGAAGUGCUAUUGAUGCUGAUCCUGGAUUGACAGUUGAAUAAACAUUAGAAGCUAAAGUAAAUAAGACACUAUCAGAUGUAAGAGAGUAAGUGGGUUCAAAAUGUUAAGAAUAAUUGAAGAGUGAUAAUAAAGUAUUGAUUAUGUAUUUGUGUGGUGCAAAGGGUAGUAAUGUGAAUGUAGCUUAAAUGAUUGGUUGUGUUGGAUAAUAAGUUAUAUCAGGAAAGAGAGUUCCAGAAGGAUUUACAGGGCGUACACUACCACAUUUCAAAGAUUGUGGAGAUCGCUAUCCUAAUUUAGAUAUCUUACAUCCAAAAGCCAAAGGAUUUGUUAAGAAUAGUUUUUAUACAGGAAUGGAUGCAAUUGAAUUUUAUUUUCAUAAUAUGGCUGGUAGAGAAGGAUUGACAGAUACAGCAGUUAAAACAGCUACUACUGGAUAUAUGUAACGUAGAUUAGUAAAAAUGCUUGAAGAUUUACAUAUUGCUUAUGAUUUAACAGUACGUUCAUGUGAUACUAAAGAGAUUGUUUAAUUUAGAUAUGGAGAAGAUGGAUUAGAUCCUCUAGCUGUGGAAGAUGCAAAAGAAGUUAUUAAACUAUAAAAUAUUUUCACUAAUUCAUUUACAGUACUUAGAAAGAAUCAAAUAUUAUUGUGUAAAGGUGAUAUGUUGAUGAAAUUAAAUGAAUUAUUUAUGAUAAUUGAAGAGAGACAUAAGAAAUUCUUAGAAAAUUAUGAAGCUACUUAUGAAAAAGAGAAAAAGAGAGUAUUAGCAUUAUUUUAGAAUACAAAUUAAUUAGUUUCUGAAAAAUAAUUGUAAUGGUUUAUUAGAAGUUGGAUGGAAAGAUUCUUAAGUAUGGUUAUGGCACCUGGUACUAGUGUAGGACCAAUAACGUCUCAAUCAAUUGGUGAACCAGCUACUCAAAUGACUUUAAAAACCUUUCACUCUGCUGGUGUUGCAGGAAUGUCAAUUACAUAGGGUGUUCCUCGUUUAAAUGAAAUUAUUAAUGCUAGUAAAGACAUCAAAACACCUUAAAUCAAUGUUAAAUUAAUAAGUCGCUAGAUUAUGGAACAUGCUAAAUUAUUUGCUAAGUCACGAGAUCCUCAAUAUUAAUAUGCACAUCAUGCAGUUCUAUAAUCUGCUUAAUAAGCUUAAAAUGUAAAUAUACAAAUAGAGUAAACUAAAUUGAUGUAAAUAUUAAAAAGAAUGGAUGAAAUUUAUACAGCAGAUAAAUGCUAUAUUGAAUUAGAAUUAGAUUUACAUUGUUUAACACAAUUAAAAUUAGAAUUUGUUACUACUAAAUAUGUGUGUGAUUUGAUUUUAAAAGAAUUAAAGUUACCACUUGAUGAUGUUAAAUAUGAUAAGAAAAUUAUUAGAAUUGCAGUCAGAAAAAAUCCUAAGAAAAAAUAAUCAGAUAAUUUACUAUUUUUGAUCAAAGAAUUAUAACGUAAACUUUUGAAAUUGCAUAUAUAUGGUUGUUCAAACAUUCAAUAAACUGUCAUCUAAGUUACAGAUAAGGAUGAUAACGAAAAUGUUAAGGGAGAAGCUAGAUUAUUUGCAUCGGGUAUUGGAUUCAAAGAGAUUCUACGAUUAGAUAAUAUUGAUUGGAAAAGAACUGUCAGUAAUCAUAUAAUGGAGAUUCAAAGUGCUCUUGGAAUUGAAGCUGCUAGAUAGAGUAUUGUCAAUGAAGUGUACACAACCAUGUAAAGUCAUAGUAUUUCUAUUGAUAUAAGACACAUUCUGUUGUUGGCUGAAUUGAUGACAUUCAAAGGUAUUUAUGUAAUUUUGAUCAAAUUUAGGAAGAAUCCUUGGAUUCACAAGAUAAGGAAUAGAUUAAUUAAAGAAUUCUACCCUAAUGCUUGCUUCCUUUGAAAAAACUAUGGAUGUCUUUUUUAAUGCAGCUAUCUAAGGCAAAUAGGAUUCAAUGAAUGGUGCAUCUCAAAGGGUAAUUAUUGGAUAGAAUGUGCCUCAAGGAACUGGAAUGUUUGAUUUGAUGUUCCCUGUUAAAGAAAAUAUAAUCAUGGAGAGUUCACUCAAUCAAUAGAAGUUUUUGUUUGCUUCCAAAUGAU